AAAACCAUGUCUCCCAAUUAUCAAUCGAAAAAGUUGGACAAAAAACAAAAACGAUGCGUGGCAAUUAUUCAAAAUGAGUGCAAAAUCGAACCAGUUACAGAUGGGGUUUCCAAAUAUGUGGCCAUUCUCAAUGCCGGUCUGUCCACGGGCCUCACAGAGGAAUUGGUUCUGGAAACAGUGGAGAAAUAUGGACAAAUAUCUCGACUCUUGAUGUUGCCCAACAAAUCAUAUUGCUUUAUGGAAUGCAGUUCAACAGAUGAUGCCCAAAAUAUCGUACAAAAUAUGAAUGGUAUUUCGAAAAUCGGACAAAAGGAAGCUGUUGUAUACCUAUCAUAUUUUGCCGAACUUCCACAAUCAGAAGAUUCAAAUUGGCUAAAACCUUUACCCGAUGGAUUAAUAUUACUAAAUGAUUUUAUCACCGAAGAGGAGGAACGCCGUUUAUUGGAUGCCAUACAAAUGCAAGACAUUGAAGUUGAUGCUGCCUUAAAACAUCGUAAAGUAAAGCAUUUUGGUUAUGAAUUUAUCUACGGGCGGAACAAUGUUGAUCCCGACAAGCCAUUAAGUAAUAAAAUCCCUCAAGAAUGUGAUGGAUUUUGGCCAAGACUAGAGGCAAUCAGUAUAGAACGUAACUAUGAUUUUGAAUGGUAUGUUCCGGAUCAAUUAACAGUAAAUGCCUAUGAACCUGGUCAGGGAAUACCACCCCAUGUUGAUACCCACAGUGCCUUUUUGGAUCCCAUACUCUCUUUGUCCUUAGAGAGUGAUGUUGUUAUGGAGUUCCGUAAGGGCUUGGAAAAACGUUCGGUUGUAUUACCACGACGUUCGUUGUUAAUUAUGUCUGGUGAAGCGCGCUAUGAUUGGACACAUGGCAUUACACCGCGCAUUUUAGAUGUUGUAAUGACUGCUAAUGGCAAUUUGUCGACACGACGACGUUCAAAACGUACCUCUUUAACAUUUAGAAAGUUAAGAAGAGCUCCAUGUAACUGUAAUUUCCCCUUGCUUUGUGAUACUAAAUUGGAAGCAUUGAAGACAACAGAAUCAACAAUUGAAACCGAGAAGGCCGCCCUUUUGGAAGAGAAAAAUGUUCAUAACGUCUACGACCACAUUGCCGAACAUUUCAGUGAAACCAGACAUUCACCAUGGCCACAGGUUGCUGAUUUCCUUAAGAGUUUUCCCCCCUCGUCCAUACUACUCGAUGUUGGUUGCGGAAAUGGUAAAUAUUUAAAUUGUAAUCCAAAUCUACUCAACAUUGGCUGUGAUCGCAGUAAUGGCCUGUUAAAGGUAUGUUCUUCCCUCAACUAUCAAACGUUCCGUUGUGAUUGCAUUCAUGUUCCGGUGAGAUCCAACAGUGUUGAUGGUUGUAUAAGUAUUGCGGUUAUACAUCAUUUGGCUACUAAGGAAAGACGUCUGAUGGCUGUUAAAGAGCUGGCGCGAAUUUUAAGACCCUCGGGCCAGGGUCUCAUAUAUGUCUGGGCCAAAGAUCAAAAUGCCAAUAAUAAGAAAUCAUCUUAUCUGCGGCAAAAUAAAUCGGUUAAUAAACAAAAAGCCACCGAAGAACAACAGAGGCAACAAACGCAACAACAGCUGGAGGAGAAAGCUAAAGAAGCUCCCGUGGCACUUCCGGUACAUACAAAUCGUACGGAAUUUUUACAGCAAGAUGUUUUGGUGCCGUGGAAAGUGAAAGGUCCAGUGCAACAAGUUGAGGCUGACAAAUCAACAUUUUUACGUUACUAUCACGUAUUUGAAGAAAACGAAUUGGAAUCGUUGAUUGGCGAGGUGCCUGAUAUAAAUCUGGUUAAAAGUUACUAUGAUCAGGGUAAUCAUUGUGUGAUUUUUGAAAAGAUUUGA